AUGGACAUCACAGCUGUGGUUGGAAUGAAAUCAUUCAUAGGUAUUACACAGGAGCAGAAACUUGUCCAAGUAAUUCAAACAUUUCACAGAAAGUGGAAAGCAGAUGAAGUACUUGAUGAAUUGAAACGGAACUAUCCAUCACUGAGUAAGCUCACCCGGAUGAUGGCAAAAAAUGAAACACCAUUGAAUCUCGUUCGUGCGGACUUUACAUCAUUAAAACAGGAUUACGACGAAGAUCGACAAAACUUCCCAAAACUCGGUCCCUCAACGUAUGCACGUCCCUAUAUACCGUUAUUUGGCAAAUAUCCUCAACAAGGAUAUCAACCGAUACAACAAGAACGCCAAAAUAGCUUGGCGAAAACAAAGUAUGAGGCUAACAGUACUGGAAACAUUUUGCAAACAUUUACAGACAAAAUGGACGGUCGACUUCAACAAUUACAAUCCACAAUAACAGAGCAACUGUGUGAUAUCGAAGUGAAAAUCGACAAACAACAACGGUAA